GUACACUUGGCCGUCGAUGUGUAUGACUACGCCGAGGGUUAGCUUCGAUGGUACGUCGAUGUCGUCGUAGUCGUGUUGUUGAGCUUGAGAGUAGUUGCGGGUUGAUUUGUUCGUCUCUCGGGGAAAAGCAGCAGGAAAAGGUGAUCGUCUAGGUAAAGUGUGAAGCGAAACGUAACUGAAAACGUAGACUAGUGCGUGCGAAAGAAGACCAAGAAGAGGAGACAAAACAACGAUCAUAUGAUUUCGUUCGUUCCACGCUGUUGCCAUAGUGAAUGAUAACGACAAUGAUGAUGAUGAUGAUGGUGACGACGGUGGUGAUAGUGCCGACGACAAAGAUGAUGGUUGUGUGAUAGAGUGGCCGGUCGAACCCCAAUGAUGGUCCCAAUACCAAUGGCCAUGAUACCAAUGGUAACAAAAGUGAAGAUCGCUAAGCUAAGAAGAAGCAACUGGUGAAAACGGCGGAUUGAAAAGUGAGUCAUCUAAGAAGAAGCAGAAGCCAAACCGAGACACCGUGUUGGGGGAUUAGGAGUCAAAAUACAACGCCGCGAUAUCAAUUUAUGGCCAAAACUGGCUCGGCUGCUCGUCUAUGUGCUAAAGGGGAGGAAAAAGUUGAAAGGCGAGCGAGUGAGGAGCGAUCGUUCGCGCUAGGGGAUCGCUAGAAAGCCAAUACAACACUCGAUCGUGACCGAACGCGGGGGGUGGUGAGUGCACGCGCGCGCUUGUGUAAAAGAGUAAGAGAGAGUGUGGCUUUUAGCGGUUGGCCAAACUGGCGACGAAGGCAGCCGGCUCGAACCGGAGCUAUUGCAGGUGGCGGAGGUGUUGGUGGCCGGGAAGCAGUGCAACUAUCGCCAUAAAGCGUAGAUCUGGAACAGCAACAAUACCGCCUCGCACCGCCAGAGAAAGACACUGGCCAGGGUAUCGCUCAUUACUCGUUCCGUCGUCGGCUGAGGAUUGAUCCCGUAACGUGUGUGUGUACACGAAGAAAGAAAGCAAUUCAGGCCACCGGGCUAUGGAUCCAAUAUUCUUCUCUCCGCCUAAUGGAGUCCCGUCAGAAAGCAAAUUGGCAACCUAUAUGAGUCGUCAGAACGUUUCGACACCGACGUAUGGGUUGUCCGCGGGCCUCAGCAAAUUAACACUAGACUCACCCAUAUCGAUUAAGAAAACUCAGGUGACCCCCCAGUCGCCGGAAUUCAUUCCAAACAACCGUCUCAGCACAUCAUCAUCACCGAGCUUCUACUCGUCGUAUUCGAUACUCGCUGGCAGCAACGGCAGUGGCACGGUCGUCGGAAGCACCGGCGGCGUGGUCAACGGAAACAGUGUGAUAACGUCAAACAAUGGCACAACGGUGGUGGUGGCGAACCCGGGCAGCACCGGCGGAGCAGGAGGAUCAGUCGUCGUCCCUGGUCCCGUGCCGAUUCCAACCCAGACAGCACAGCAGCUUUCAUCGGUGGCGACGGCGAUCAUCUCCAAUGGUACCGCUGCCGGACUAGCUGGCGGGGGAGGAGGAGGCGGAAGUACAGGAGGCGGAGGAGGAGCGGGAGGUAACGGAACCGGUAAUGGUUCGGGUGUUAAAUCACAGGCCAGCAGCUACGGGAGCAGUGUUCUCGGUAGCUCGCUUAGCAAUAGCUCAACGUAUGCUGUAACGCCCAUCAAGGGGCGAAGUUUACUCCGUAACGAAUCACCACAGAGUACUAAUACAUCUCCUCGAAUUACGCCUCAACCAUCACCACCGCCAAUUACCACCAACAUCCACCAAGAAAAUGUCGGUGGCACGACGUAUUUCUAUCCGACCGCGGCGAACCAUCAAUUAACACCGAGUAGUACAGUUAACACGACUGAAAAUACCUUUGUCCACGUAGCAAGCUCACAAAUUAAUUUAAGUUACUCGCAUCCAGGACAUGUCUACCCGGGACCUGCAUCGCACGUUGUCAACAUGCAAACCAAGGCACAACUGUCGAUGGCGUACUUCCUGCAGGACGAACUGAGAAACGAUAUUUUAUCUAGGAACGAAAUAGUCAAUAGUAUUGAAACCGAGUGUCAAGAUUUACCUCUAGAGGUCGAGAACUAUCAUUCACUAUGUCUGCUAGAGUCUUUGCCAGUCCAUCCCAAACUACCGGUACAGUCGUCCACCUACAAAGCAACACACAAUCUAACUGGCGUGAAAUACUGCCUUAGACGUCUCCAUGGUUUCCGUCUUCAGUCGACCAAGUGCAUGCAGAUAGUCGACAUGUGGAAGAAACUCCAGCACACGAACGUGGUACAACUUCGAGAGGUGUUUACUACGAAAAACUUUGGUGAUAAUUCCUUGGUGAUAGUGUACGACUUUUACCCCGGAUCGCAGACACUACUCUCGAAAUACUUCAUCCCUAGUGCGGAACCCACGAACGGCUAUUCCGAUCCAUUCUCAGGUGAAGCACGACCCUUCAGCCACAAAAGCACACUCCAUCGAGCGACUACCGGUACACUUCUACCGGAGAACGAAAUCUGGUCGGUAAUCAUCCAACUGUCCGCCGGGCUACGAGCAAUCCAUCAAGCUGGCCUGGCUUGCCGAACGCUGGACCCCACGAAAAUCAUCAUCACUGGCAAACGGUUACGGUUCAGUUGCGUGGCGAUAUCCGAUCUCGCAACGUACGACCCGAGCCAAACCAACCCGCUGGCCCUGGUCACCCAUCAUCAACAGGAUGAUUUAACGGCCCUCGGAAAGCUGAUCCUGGCCCUCGCCUGCCGAAGUUUACAGUCCGUUCAGCGAGAUCAGAUCCAGAACAGCAUCGAGCUGAUAUCGAGGCAUUACUCGUCCGAUUUGAGGAACAUUAUGUUAUAUUUGCUCUCAACGAGCAGUCGACGCUCGGUGACGGAGAUCAUGCCGAUGAUCGGAGCUCGCUUUUACGUGCAGCUUGAUGCACUACAAUCCCAAUGUGAUAUUCAGGAAGACGAACUGGCAAGGGAGAUGGAAAACGGUCGUCUCUACCGAUUGCUGGUCAAGUUGGGCACCGUCAAUGAGCGACCAGAACUUAACCUGGACGUCACGUGGUCCGAAACGGGCGAUCGCUACAUGCUGAAACUGUUCCGAGAUUACCUCUUUCACACCGUCACGGAGGACGGCCGUCCUUGGCUGAACCAGUCCCACAUCGUUCAGUGCCUCAACAAACUGGACGCGGGCACCAUAGAAAAGGUUCAGCUGAUGUCACGUGAUGAACAAUCAGUAUUAGUAGUGACUUAUGCUGAGCUGAAGCACUGUUUAGAGCAAGCAUUUUCCGAACUGGCAGCGGCGGCCACCGUGUAAUAGGAGGUUCGCGUCAUACCCCAAAAAAAAGAAACAAAAUCGAAAACUUAACUUGAGGCUCGAGAGAUGUGUAAUAUUUUUGUCUGUGUAUGUAGGAGAAAAUGUGAAAAUGCAGUUUAGUCAGCUGUUCUAGGCGAUUAUGAUUAUGAUGAUACAACAACCACAACAGCAACCAACAACAAACAGAAACAACACCCAACAGGUUUAAUGUGGGAGAGAGAAAGCGAAAGAAUGCAGUUUCUAAUACAACUACUAAAAGAGGUAUGUUCGUGAUCUUAUUUGAUCUUAUUUUUAUACACAUACACCCCGAAACCAUAGAGAUGAAACAGAUGCAAAACAAAACAAAAAACAACAAGUAAAUUGUAAUAAAUUGUAUUGAAGCGAGAAGAUUAUGUAAAAAAAACUGUUAGAACAACAACAACUUAGAAAAGGCGACAAGCUUUUGCGGCAGAAAGUGAAUCAAGAAUUACUCUAAUGAGAAAGCACAUCAUCAUCAACAUUGUGUGGGAAUCCAAUAUUUACAAUUCUACAUGAAAAAAAGCCCACACCAAAUCAGAAUAGGAGCACACAUACUCACUUUCAAGCGAACUGUAGUAGUAACAUUGAGUAGAAACGAAAGAGAAGCGAAGCAACGAUAAAGAACGAGAUCGAGACAAGUCUAGAAAUGGAUCAAUCGGUAAAGAUUAGAGGUGCGUAGGUGUGGUGUUCAAGUGGUAGGAUCGUUGUGUAUCAGAUUGGGUAGGUAAGACAUUGAAAGUGCUUUUUUUCUUAGUUCAUAUCAAAUUGUAUUUGUAGAAUUGUGAUGUCCAUUAACUAAAGUUUCGCUUAUUGGAAAAAAUAAAUAAAAAAUGGCAUUUGAUACGAUAAGAUGCGAUAUUGCGCUAAAAAUCUUGAACUAUCCUAUUUUCGUUUUUUGAAAGAGAUAUAUUAGGUGGAGUUUAAUUCCCUAACGCUAAUGUUCAUCACUUUGCAUUGUGAUAGCUUCCGUGGGAUAGUAUUUGUCAAACAAAGUACUUAAAGACGGAGUAAAGUUGGCAACCAACAACCAGAGCUGCGAAUUUUCAGUCUCAGUGAGUAAGGUUUGUACGAUACUGAUACCAUUGCCUGUUCACACUCACUCCCUAGCAAUGAAUGGUUAGCAGUAACAGUAAGGAAUAAAGUAAACAAAAGAGCUCUUUUCUCACCCCAUGUACGGUGAGACUCGCUGAUGCGUGAAAGUGUGGACCCUUUGUAAAUGCAUGGUGAAUACUAUCACUUGAAAGAAAAAGACAGGAAAUGUGUCAGACGAAGCUGUAAGACGGUCAGCUUCAGCCCGCAUUGUCGGCAAACUGAGUUUCAAUACUAGCCUAUUCAUGCUUUGAUUUCUAACUGAAAAGCAUCAUCGCAGGCAGGGAUGAGCAUUGAAAAAUACAAAACAAAAGAAUCGCACUCAGCAGGCGCUGUAGAUAAAUUGCACCACUGCCAACAAUCACGUGUUUUGAUGAAGAAUUUGUGCUGCCGCUCGGUGUAGCAGCUACAAUUUUGCGUAAGACGGAAAGAGACAAACGACACACCGUUGCGUUAACGGUGGUUCGAUCGGUAGCCUCUUUCCUUCGUCAAAAUUUUCUUGCACCUUAAAACAUAUAACAAUGCUAUUUUUGAAAUCAUUCCUUUCUAAAUUUUAUAAUAACAAGAAAUUUUCUAUGGAUUUAAUUCAGGAAUUUUUUCACAAAUUAUUCUGAUGAAAUUCCCGUAGAGGAAAAACCGGCGGAAUUUUUUGAAAAAUUCUCAUAUAAAAACUCUCUUAUAAGUAAUCCCGAUAAAAUCUUUGUGAAUACACGCAAAUUCCCGACAAUUAAGCCGAAAACGUCCGAUUUUCAAACAUUUGAAUAUAGGUGCAUGUUUUUAAUAAUGGAACAAAUACCAUAUUUAUCAAAAAAAAUAUACAAUAUAAUUUAUUUCAUAAAAAAUAUGCCAACAAAUCAUUCUCUUCUCACCAUUCAACAUUAUUUCAAAUGCCCCAUAAUACUAAUUUACAGUGCAUACUUUUUUACAUUGCACCUUCACUUUUGUCGAAGUUUAUUAUUACAAAAUGGCCUUCAUACGCAUACCACAUGACCUUAUGCCAUUUGGGCACAGACUUCGUUUCACUAAAAAAACUAUGUAGACAAUCGUUGACUCUUACCUCUUGAUUCGGACAUCAUAAUUGGUCUUGCAAAUUAAAGAAUAAAGAAAUUCUAUCAAUCUGAACACGGGUUUUUCACUUUGAACACGGCACUAACAACCCACAUGGUGGAACUACUCACACAAAGUCAAAAUUUGCCCGGACAGCCGGUUAUCUUAUUUUCCGUGAUGCGAGCUGAUCAUCUACUAAACUGAGUUAAGCAAAUCAGAAUUGUUUGUGAUGUUAUUUUUACUGCUAUAAAUUAUAUUUUUAGAGUUCUGUUUUGUGCGCGUCUUUAUUUCCUGUUUAUUGAUCGACUAGAAAUUAGAAUAUUAUUUGAUAUAGGAUGGUAGUAAUUAUUAAUAUUAUUAUUAUUUUGCUAGUACAUAAGUCCGUAGUAUUUGAAGUUUGAAAAAUAUGAAGCAAAAAUGAAAUACAAUAAACAGACAUGAGAUAUAUUUUUAAAAUGGAAAACAGAACGUACGAUACGCAAAGUAAAACACUCACACUCUUUCCGCAAGGAAAACACAGCCCCUCCCUUCCCCCAUACACGCAUACACACUCACACUAGAUGGUAGGAAGCAUUUCUUGGUUUUCUCAUCGAUGUCUCUCGUUAUUAUUGGGUUCGUGCAAAGUAGGCGUGUCCCGUCGAUCGGUUUUCCGAUCCUUUUCCAAUCGCUUUUCAGUUCUUCCCGAGUACUGUGCAGUGCAUACAAACAAAUACAAGCAUUUCCGGCCAGCCUAAUGUUGAAACUGAAACAAAUCCGUACUGUGCAAGCGUAUAAUUUGCUCUAUAUUGAAAGCUUUUUCGAGUAGAAAAUAAAAUUAUAAUGGCAACCAGAAGUGAGAGAUACUUUUAAACGAUCCUUACUAUAGUGGGCGAACAGAAGAAAUGGAAAAAAUGUUAAUCCUUUUAGUGGUGUUUUAAAAAUAUAUUAAGAAGAUAAAUCGAAAAAGUGAUUAGAUCGAAAGUAGGAAAUAUGAAUAAAAACGAAUCAGAAUCAAGAGUAGGCAAACAUAUUUGAUAAAAGAAUCAAGGGAAAGUAAAACAAACAGAAAAAUAUCUCAACUGAUAGAAGACGACAAAUGUAAACCAGAGUAAACCAAUAGAUGUAAAUGUGCAAACACAGUUACGCUAGCACUCAUACAGACACCUUUUAUGUAUUAACACAGGGAAGCAAAACUGAAUUAAAUUUCUAUACAGAGCAACACGGGGAGAACUGGGACAAAAUACGUUGAUUGUGCACGAAUAUAAAUGCAAAACAAAUGAAUUCAUAUUCUUCCUGUGGGUAAAACAAACAUAAACAAACUUCAAAGAGUGAAUGGAUGAAACCAAGGUAGCAAGGUAGAAGAAAAAGAAUGCAAAAAACACGAGAUAAAUGUGAGUUUAUAUGGAGAAAUGGAGAAAGACUUUUUACUGUGACAAAUAAUAUUUAAACGAGAUGCAGAAACAAAACAAAUGAAACAGAAGUAAACAAGAGAAACCGAGAAGAUAAACUUAUAGACGCAGAAGAGAUAUAUUUGUAAUAAAAAAGAUGAAAACUACAAAAAAGCACAAAACACAAAACGUAACCACUCAGGCCGAAACACUGGCAACCCCGACACAGAUGGUUGACGUGUGGUUGGUUCAACACCUUGAUCCUGAACCUUACAUCUGCGUGUGCAAUGAUUGUAUAUAAUGACUGAUCUCACGAAAAAUUAAUCUCAUAAUAUUUUUUCCUGUCAUGUCUUUUUUGUUCAAUAUUAUAAUUUCUGUUGAUUCAGAUUUAUUUUAUUUAAACCAUUUCCAACAAUGUCCACAUAGAUACUCUCAUUUUUAAAACUAUUUAUAUUGUUUUCCUUUUAUGAUCAACCACACGUAGAAACGGAAAAAAUUACCCCAUCAGUGGUAAAAUGAAGGAGUGGUUUACGAAGAAAUUACUGUAAUGAGAGAAAAAAAAUAUAAAAAGUGAGAAAAAGCCUUACAAAAAAAUAACAAAACAGAAAAUCGGACAAACAUUGCUUGUGUCAGACCAAAAACACGAAUAAAAGACAAAGAAAAUUUUAUGUUUCAUAAA